AGCCCAGUCUUUUUCUUUUUUGCAAGGCCUUUUCUUCCCUUUGUAGACCCCACUUGUCCACACCCCUGUCGCUAUCCCCUCCUCCUCUGUCAUCUCUCUCUAUUUAUCUCUUCAACAUUCACACAACCAAAUAGACAAAAAUUUUGUUUCAUUGAUACACAGAGAGAGACACAGACGCAGGCAUAUACACUGCACAGCCGCACGCACACACAUAUAGAAACUAAAAAAAGAGAGUGGAAGAGGGGAGGAAAUUAAGGUGCUUUUAUGGGUAACUACAGGUUUAGGUUGUCUGAUAUGAUGCCCAAUGCUUGGUUUUACAAACUCAAGGAAAUGGGCAGAACCAGAAACCAUACUACUACUAGCACUCAUUCCAUGAAGAAGAAACAACCGAUUACUAAAACAUCAGCAGAUGCCACUUCUGCUGCUGGGCCACUGCCAUCCAAACCAAAGCAAACCCACCACCACCAAUGCUCUUAUCCAAGAAAAUCUUACUACUUCACCAGAGAGCUUAUCCCCACUAACCCAAAAUCCACAGACACCCAUUUCCAUGACCCACCAAGAAGAUCCUCUAAACAACGACUGCUUAAGAGAAGAACCAGUCUCAACUCUUCCUCUCCCAAGCUUGUCACCUCCUCUGUCUCCGCUGGUUGUAGCUGUGGUGCCACCAUCUGGACUAAAUCAUCAGAUUCUCCGCCAGACUACUCUGCUUCUAGUUCUGAUAGCCCUCCCGAGUUAGAACUCAGCGACUCGUUUCCACCAGAAUUCAGGUCUGACCGUGCUCUUGAAACCCAAUCAUUUGAUAGCAUGGUUGCAUGGUCAAGCUCUUGUGGUUGUAAUGUCGAUUCUAAUGCUGAUGAUAUUAUAAUCGAUGUGGAUAAGAAAUCUUUUGGUAGAAAAUUUGAUAAGCUGGAUUUAUCUGAUCUUGAUCUUCCACCAAUCAUAGCCAAGCCUGCUAAAUUCGACGAUAAGGCUGAGGACGUCAAAAAGAAGGAGACCAAAGAAACAACCAAAUACAGAAAGAGCUCAGCUAAAUACGAGGAAACAAAUGCUCAUGGCUCCUUAUCAGUGAAGGUGGUGAAAGAAGAGAGCGUCACCACGAAUGAGCAUAAAGGCAGUAAUUCCUUGAGGAGACAUUCUGUGAAUUCCCCAGGACUAAGGCUUCGAGUGAAUUCUCCAAGAAUUGCGAGCAGGAGAAUUCAGGCACACGCUAGAAAAAGCGUGUCAUCAACAUCGAGUUCAAGCUAUCGGAGGAGUCUUUCAGAUAGUCUGGCAAUUGUGAAAUCUUCAUUUGAUCCGCAGAGAGAUUUCAGGGACUCAAUGGUGGAGAUGAUUAUGGAAAACAAUAUCAGGGCAUCAAAGGACUUAGAAGACCUUCUUGCCUGCUAUCUUUCUUUAAAUUCCGAUGAGUAUCAUGAUCUCAUUAUCAAGGUUUUCAAGCAAAUCUGGUUCGAUUUGACAGAAGCCUGGUCGAAUGUAGGGACUCGGACUGCUCAAAAGCCUGGAACUCUGUUACAUUUUGCUGCCUCUCUGCGAAGGUUCAAUGCUAUUUGGUGAUCGACGUCAGCUAUUUUCCUCCAUCCAGCAGUCACAAUAGUCUUCGGUGUACUGUGAGUAAAAUAUUAAUUUUAAUUAUAAUUUCGAUAUUAUUAUAUGUUCAAGCAUGCCCAUUUAUUACUUAUAAAUAUGUAUUUACAUAGUUAAACACUAGGCACGUUUUAUGUUGCAUUCAUAAUUGUUAAAGUGCCAUAGAUGUUAUUGUGGUAAUUUGGAGCAGUGUGCGUGAGUUGGCGUGCGUGUGGUAUGGUGUUGGCUAUGGACAGGACGGGUAAACACGGCUUGAGAUCUUCGCUGGGACUCGGUCCUUCGGGGUAGACACGGCUUGAGUUCUUCAUUGGGACCUCGAUUUGGUUUAUUAAGCGAAAGUCCGGCUUAAGUUCUUCGCUAGCACAGGUUGGAUUAAGAAGGGCUGUAUAGGGGAUCAGCUCCCAUAUAUGUAUUGUUUGACCUUAUCGGGUGUGUGAGUGUUCCAUAUUACCUUUUUACUGUUAUGACGUGAAAAUAUUGACGAUGUUGCAUUUCACUCUACAUGGUGCAUUAGCUUUAGAUAGCUAUAAAGAUUAUGGUUAAAAUUGAU